UCCAAUCUGCCAUUUUCUGCUUCGCGAGCUGUGGAACGCCCGGCCCCUGUCUCCCCUUCCCUCCUCACCUCCCCUCCCCGUCUCUGUCCUCUGCGCCCGCCCGCUUCUGAGAGACCAUGGCUACCGAGCCUGCCGCGAUCGCUGAGCUCGCCCCAGCCGACAAGACGGAAGAAGAGGCCCCUGCUCCAUCCACAUCUGCAGACAGGACUGAUAGCCUGGAUGUGGAUAGCGAAUCUAAGAAGCUGCUGGGCUUGGGGCAGAAACAUCUGGUAAUGGGAGACAUCCCAGCAGCUGUCAAUGCAUUCCAGGAAGCAGCUAGUCUCUUGGGUAAGAAGUAUGGAGAGACAGCUAAUGAGUGUGGAGAAGCCUUCUUUUACUAUGGGAAGUCUCUUCUGGAGUUAGCAAGAAUGGAGAAUGGUGUGUUAGGAAAUGCCCUGGAUGGAGUACCAGUGGAUGAAGAUGGAGAGAGAGCAGAAGAUCAGUCUAUGGUAGAGAGUACUGAUAACGUAGAGGAGGAAGCAAGGGGCGUGUUGAAAGAUCAGGCCUCUGAUGCCAUGAAGGACCAAGCGACGGCACAGAAAGCCCAGGCCGAGGCUGCCAGCAUGCAGGCCGAGGCCAUGGCGGCUGCUCCUCCUGCUGCAGGGGAAGCCCAGGAAAGUCUAGCCGAGGCCGAGACCUCAGGAGCCGAUGUCGAGAUGGAGGAGGAGGAGGAGGCCGAGGCAGAAGCAGCCCCCGGGAGCCCCGAGAAGGCCCCAAGCACAGCCCAGGAGCCUGAGGCAGUGGCUGCUUCAGGGGAGCCUGAGGCAGGCUCAGCAGCCACAGCUGCUGCCCCCCAAGACGGAAAGCCGGAGGAGGAGGAGGCCAGAGCAGAAGCAGUCGUUGAGGAGAAACAGGGCGAGGUAGUUGUGAGAACAGAAGAGGGGCCCAAAGAUGCUUCUGAAGAGCAGGGAGCUACGGUCGGGGUGGAAGGAGAGGCAGCAGAUGGGGGACGAGGAGAGGUGAUGGAGGUGGAGGCAGAGGCAGCCCCAGCCCCAGCCCUAGCCCCAGCAGCAUCCAAGGCUGAGAAAGAAGAGGAGGAAGCAGCCCCUGCUGAAGAGGAGCCAGCAGAGGUUUCAGGUGAGGCCCACGCGGUGGCAGCACCUGUAGAGUCCCAGGCAGAGGCGCCAAGUGAGGAGCAGCCAGCAGCCGCCCACACAGAGGGUCAAGACAGUGCACCCUCCGACCCAGGGGAGGCGGUGCCUGCAGAAGACCAGGCUGUUGAGGAGCUCACAGACACAAAAGAGGCAGAGCCUUCAGCAGAGGUGGCACCUGCCCAGGAGAGGCCCCAGGGCACCCCAGAAGACUCCAAGGCAGCUGGAGAUGGGCCAGAGAUGGGCCCUGGGGACCAGGUGGCUCUAGGAGCACCCCCUGAAGAGAAAGAUGAGCUGAUGAAGGAGGAGGAGGAGGAGGGAGAAGAAACUGAAGGCUCUGAAGAGGAGGAUAAGGAGAAUGAGAGAGAAAUUGAAGAGCGCAGGAGCGAUUCCAAGCUAGAAAACAAGGAGAACGAAGAGGAGGAAAUUGGAAACCUGGAGCUUGCCUGGGACAUGCUGGACUUGGCAAAGAUCAUCUUUAAGAGGCAGGAAACGAAGGAAGCCCAGCUGAACGCAGCUCAAGCUCACCUGAAACUGGGGGAAGUGAGCGUGGAAUCAGAAAAUUACAGCCAGGCCAUAGAGGAGUUCCAGGCCUGCCUUGCCCUCCAGCAGAAUUACCUGGAGGCCCAUGACCGGCUGCUGGCCGAGACCCAUUACCAGCUGGGCCUGGCCUAUUCUUACAACAGCCAGUACGGCGAGGCUGUGUCUCAGUUCACCAAGUCUGUGGACGUCAUCGAGAAGAGGCUGGCCAUGCUGAGUGAAAGGAUAAAGGCGGCUGAGACGCCGUCUGCUGAGGACGAGAAAGAGGUUGAGGAGCUGAAGGAGCUGCUCCCUGAGAUUAAAGAGAAGAUUGAAGAUGCCAAGGAGUCCCAGAGCAGCGGGAACGUCGCUGAGCUGGCUCUGAAGGCCACCCUGGUUCAGGCUGCAUCUGGUUUCACAUCAAGCAGUGGGAACUCCUCAGCCUCAGGGAUUGCGUCCAGAAGACCCACAGAUGGUGCUACUACGUCGUCUUCCAACUGUGUAACUGAUAUUUCCCACUUAGUCAGAAAAAAGAGGAAACCCGAACCCGAAGAAGAGAGUCCUCGCAAAGAUGCCGAGGCCAAGAAGCCAAAGCAAGAGCCAGCUGUCAAUGGUGGGGGCGGGGAUGGCGAUGGGGGCGGGGAUGCUGCUGCAGCUCAGAAUGAGGCCACAGAAAAUAUGGAGGCAGAGGCUGAGAACCAGACGCCAGCUGAGCCUGGAGCUGCCACCGUACAAAGCACCGCGUGAACCUCCCAGAGGGGAGGCGGGAGGACCCUUAUUCUCUCGAAGGACGAUGCUUUUGUAUAUAAUGUAUUUUUUCACUUUUGGGGACUCUUUUUGUAUAACUUCAAUAAAGAUUGUACGCAAAGGUU